AUGGCGGGCGCACCACCUGUGUCGUUUGUGCAUACGGUGACGCGCACGCUGCAGCACGACAUACGGACGUUCACGCACUGGGAUCCGGCCGUGAACAAGCUGCAAUGUGCGAUACGAGAUGCCGCCUACCUGGUCAUUGAUCUGCCGCGCUUCUUCAUGUACUCGCACAGCAACUACGGCGCUAUGCGGCGCUACAUCCGCCAGUCUCGCAUUAACAAAGGCAAGAUCAACCCCGAAGACUUCAAGGACGUGGACACGAACGUGCUGAGGGAGAGCCUCAUCAAGUACGCGCAGGCAAAAGGCCCGCUGCAGAAGAUUGACUUUCGCUGGUUCUACUGGAUGUACGCUGUCAUGAUCAUCUACGUGGGGUGGCAGGGGAUGUAUCUGCAGUCGCUGCUUGACGCACGUGUGGAUCGGAUGGGUGCCUCGCUGGAGCAGCGCCGCGAUAUGUACGACGACGACUACCUCGAGGAGGUGCGCCCGCGCUAG